AGCCAUUUUGAGAUGACAGCGACACGAGCAACAUCUUCUCCAAGAUAUUCCUUUGUAAUGGAUGCAGCAUGGAGGAAAUAAGACCAAAUAAACACAACAAAAGGAUCAGCAGGUUUAAACGUCGCAUCACAAAACUGAGAAAGCAUCAUGAUGCAUGCGCCAGGAGACUAUCAGCUAGACAGAAGGCAAAGGUAACCUCAAGUACUGGCCCCGUUAUGCCACACCAGGUCCCAGAUGAUGAGGUCCCAUCUCCCCUCAAGCAGGACAUCCUUGACUUACAGCUGAUUUGUAGAGAACGAUCCUUGGAGGAUUCAAAGGCAAAUAUGGAAAUUUCCGUGCCUUCAGAUGUUACCAAGCACCUAGCCAAACAGUCACUGUCUACAAAGAAAUCGGUGGACACGGAGAGUGAUACAGAUACAGUAAUUCUAGAAUUGCCCAGUUCUUCUGUAUCACCAAGAGCCUGUGAUAUCCCAGAGCUAAAAAGGACUGACAGUGUAUUUCUUACCAAGAAAUUAUUGAACUUCAGUUCCACUUCAGAUGACUCAAUAAGCAGCAUUGACAACAGUGAAGAUGAUUAUGUGCCUGAAUCGGAGAGCUGUUCAGAAGCGAAAUGGAACUCUCCAGAACUUCUCCCUUUCACUGAGGAUGUUAAAAAAAUGCACAUACAUCUCAGCAAUCAAACUGAAUUGUACCAAGAAAAGCUCAAACUUGAGAAAAGUCAGAAGAACUGGUCAGAUCUUGCACAAGUAACUCUGUGUAAUGUAAUUGUGUUUUAA